AGGGCGUGUUUUCGUCGACUGGUACUGCGCAUGCGCAAUGACAGGAGUCCUUGGCUGAUCGGCCUGUUGUAGGUUACAGAUCCGGUAAGGGGACACAGACAAAAUGCAGAGCUGGACGCAGUUAUACCGCUCCCUGGCCACGCGGAGCCACCACCUGCCCUGCAAGCUGCACGGAGCUACAGCGCUGUCCGUCAGAACCUACGCCGACAAAGCAGCAAUCGAUGCAGACGUCACGGUGGUGGGCUCCGGUCCGGGCGGCUACGUCGCUGCCAUCAAAGCCGCACAGCUCGGCUUCAAGACAGUGUGUGUUGAGAAAAAUGCAUCGCUGGGUGGGACCUGUCUGAACGUCGGCUGCAUCCCCUCCAAGGCUCUGCUGAACAACUCCUACUUGUACCACAUGGCUCAUGGCAAGGACUUUGAAAGCAGAGGCAUCGAAAUUUCAGGCCUGUCGUUGAACCUUGAGAAGAUGAUGGCUCAGAAGAGCGGAGCGGUCAAAGCACUGACCGGAGGAAUCGCACAUCUAUUCAAACAGAACAAAGUGACCCACGUCAGCGGUUUCGGGAGGGUGACGGGUAAGAACCAGGUGACGGCCGUAGCAGACGACGGCAGCGAGCAGGUCAUCAACACCAAGAACAUCCUCAUCGCCACCGGCUCCGAGGUCACCCCCUUCCCCGGGAUCCCGAUCGAUGAGGACAGCAUUGUGUCGUCAACAGGAGCUCUGUCCCUGAAAAAAGUUCCCGAGGAGAUGAUUGUGAUCGGAGCCGGAGUCAUCGGAGUGGAGCUGGGGUCAGUGUGGCAGCGUCUGGGCUCUAAAGUCACAGCAGUGGAGUUCCUGGGCCACGUGGGCGGCAUGGGCAUCGACAUGGAGAUGUCCAAGACCUUCCAGCGCAUCCUGCAGAAGCAGGGAUUCAAGUUCAAGCUCGGCACCAAAGUCCUGGGAGCCACCAAGAGGCCCGACGGCAAGAUCGACGUGGCAGUGGAGGCGGCGGCCGGAGGGAAGAACGAGACUCUGACGUGCGACGUGCUGCUCGUCUGUAUCGGCCGACGGCCGUUCACGGAGAACCUGGGUCUGGACUCUGUCGGGAUCGAGCUGGACAACAGGGGCCGCAUCCCCGUCAACAACCGCUUCCAGACCAAAGUACCCAGUAUUUAUGCCAUCGGUGACGUGGUCGCCGGGCCGAUGUUGGCGCACAAGGCCGAGGACGAGGGCAUCAUCACGGUGGAGGGCAUGGCCGGCGGCGCCGUUCACAUCGACUAUAACUGUGUUCCCUCCGUUAUCUACACGCACCCCGAGGUGGCCUGGGUGGGCAAGACAGAGGAGCAGCUCAAAGAGGAGGGCGUCCCGUACAAAGUCGGCAAGUUCCCCUUCGCAGCCAACAGCCGAGCAAAGACCAACGCCGACACGGACGGCAUGGUGAAGAUCCUCAGCCACAAGGAGACGGACAGGAUGCUGGGAGCUCACAUCGUCGGCUCUGGCGCCGGAGAGAUGAUCAACGAAGCUGCUUUGGCCAUGGAGUACGGAGCUUCCUGUGAAGACAUCGCCAGAGUCUGCCACGCCCAUCCUACGGUGUCGGAGGCCUUCAGAGAAGCGAACCUGGCCGCAUCUUUCGGCAAAGCCAUCAACUUCUGAGCCGCUGUCGCACCUUCAGUGUACAUAAAAGAAGAAAAACGGGGAGCUGUGUGUGUCACUGCAUCAAAACCUUCAUCCAACCCAACCGGGAUCCUCCGUGUACAUCCAAACUGUACCACACUUAGUUCUAAUGCUAUUUAAAUGUUCUCAAUAAAACCAUAAAGGAGGGGAAUGGGCGCUGACUGCAGAUCAGUCUUUUUGCUUCCCAGAACACACAAACAGUUUUAAAAGAUACGGGAAAAGAGCAUAUAUUACUUUCAUUACUUUAUAUUCACUUUUCAUUCACAGCACAUAGAGAUAUAAAUAUUAUUUAGGCCGGGUGUUUGCCGUUUCUCUUGUAAAGGAAGAAACAUGGGAUGUUUUUGUUUCUGUUUUUUACAGAAUUUAACUAAAAUAUGUAAUCGGAGCAGGAAACUAAGUUUAAUUGUUAAAUUGGCUCUUAAAGUUGCACUUUUGUGGGUCAAAACAUUGAAGUAUGUUGAGUUUCAAUCAGCAGGUGUUUCAACUCUGGAUUACUAAUAUAUUGAGCAUUAUAAUCACAAAUGCAGAAAGAAAUGUUUUAGAAAUUGGCGACUAAAUUAAGUAAAACGUGUAACUAUUUUUAAAGGACUUCUUUUGUUCCCCUGAAUCAAUGUUUUAAUAACCAUUAAAGUGCUCAUAUUAUGCUCA